GGAAGAAACGGCGGUUGUCUUGGUCGCCGACGGCGGAUGGAGUGUGCCGCGCGUGGAUUUGCGACGCGGUGCGUUGGUCCACCGACGCGGAGGUGUGGCCAGUGUGGUGCUGUAGCGUAUUGCUCCGUCUCUCAUCAGAGUUCACAUUGGAGCUACCACAAGGAAGAAUGUGAGAGAUUAGAAGAGCAAAUGCGUCGUGUUGAUCUGUUAAAUGAUUUUCCAUUUACAUUUACAGAAGAAACUACAGUUCAGGUUAGUCAAAAACAUGAGAGCAGGUGCUUGUUUCUCAGCAAAAGGGAGUUGCAUCGUGUUGGAAUGUGGAUGUAUGAGUGUAACUGUGGAGCUUCUGCCGGUUCUUUGGCGCAUGAUAGUUUAAGAUAUGAAGGUUGGCAUCUGCCGAGCUCUUCUUGUCCAUGUCGUGGCCCUUUAUCUCCAGUAACAAAACAGCUAUGCAGUUGGACUGAUUAUUUCGAGUGGAGAAAGUUACCUCUUGAUUCUCCUGUGGCUCUACUUCUCCACUGGCCACUGACGAUAUAUCAUGCAAUUCAAGUCAUUGGGAUGGGAAAUUUGACUCCCCAAAUAAGUGAUGAACUUCGUAUACAUUAUCUUGGCCCUCAGAAAGAGCUUGGUCAACUUGGUGUCUUCGCUGAGCUGCAAGCCCUCUUCCCUGGUCUGCGCAUACACGUAGAGCUUGUUGGACCUGACGUUCCACAACAUAUGGAUGGAGAGAUGAUCUCACUUAGCAGAUAUUCCCCUUGCAUGGAAGAAGAAUGUGAAUGUAAUUAUUCAAGCGAAAUUUCCGGUAACGAAUCUGCCUGCUCUCCAGCUGUGUCGUUACAGCUCCAUAGAGGAUUUUACCAUGAUCGUUACACCGACAUAACAAAGAAUUCACCUCCUCCUCACAUAGUGAUUGCUCCAAAUGCUGGCAUCGUUGCAUAUCCUAGUUGGUUGCCAACUAUUGAACUGAUAAAGGAGAUAAAAGUGCCAGCAGUAUUCUCUGAUUACUGUGAAGAAGCUUGUCAUCUGGCGGCUUGUUGCAUUAAAACCAUCACAGGACAACCUCUAUCAUUACCUAUUGAGUUGAAUCCAUUUAGACAGCCAAUGGCAGUGGAGGAGAGUCCUCUGUUUAUUCCUUGCUACUCAAACUGCUUCAUCUUCGCAAUUUUCCACAACGCUGUGGAUUUGUUACCGGUCUUUAUCGGGUCUGUUACUCCUAAUAACGUUUCUAUUGAGUGGAAAGGUGCUUGCUUUAAUGGUAAUGAAGCUCGUCUCGAUAUCACCGGUAGUGAUCGUGAUGUCCCUGGACUUGGUGGUGGUGUUCUUCAUCUCAAAACGUCCAAGGCACAUAGCUUGACAUGUAUGGAUCUUUAUGUGUUUGCAACGCCAUACAGGAUCACUUGGGACUACUAUUUCUCUGCUCGAGAUCAUACUUUGAACUUUGAUUCUUGGGAAGAGAAAGCUGAGUUGGAAUAUGUGAAGGAGCAUGGAGUUUCAGUGUUUCUAAUGCCAUCAGGAAUGCUUGGGACGUUGCUUUCGUUGAUUGAUGUGUUACCUCUUUUCUCCAAUACUGCUUGGGGACAGAGUGCGAAUUUGGCGUUCUUGACGAAACAUAUGGGUGCUACGUUUGAGAAACGGUCUCAACCUUGGCGGUCAAUGAUUAAUCCGGAUGAUGUGCAUUCUGGCGAUUUCUUGGCGGUGUCAAAGAUUAGAGGUAGAUGGGGUGGUUUUGAGACGCUGGAGAAAUGGGUGACUGGGGCUUUUGCUGGUCAUACUGCUGUUUGUUUGAAGGAUGAUUUGGGGAAUCUUUGGGUUGGUGAAUCGGGACAUGAGAACGAAAAGGGUGAAGAAAUCAUUGUUGUGAUUCCUUGGGAUGAAUGGUGGGAUCUGACUUUGAAGGAUAAUUCAAAUCCUCAAGUUGCUUUGCUUCCUCUACAUCCUGUUAUCCGGGAAAAGUUCAACAAUACUGCUGCGUGGGAAUAUGCUCGUAGCAUGUUGGGCAAACCGUAUGGAUAUCACAACAUGAUAUUCAGCUGGAUCGACACUCUAGGCGAUAACUACCCACCUCCCCUUGAUGCUCACUUGGUUAUUUCUGUCAUGUCUAUGUGGACUCGUGUACAACCCGCAUAUGCUGCAAAUAUGUGGAACGAGGCACUGAAUAAACGACUCGGUACUGAGGAUCUGGAUUUGUAUGGGAUACUUGAAGAAACAGCGAGGCGUGGAAUGUCAUUUGAUGAAUUACUCACCAUCCCUGAACAGGAUGAGUGGGUUUAUAGCGACGGGAAAUCAACAACAUGUGUUGCUUUCAUCCUUGCAAUGUACAAAGCCGCUGGUGUAUUCGGCCCUCUCGCUGAUCACAUUCAAGUCACGGAAUUCACUAUCCGAGAUGCGUACACUCUGAAGUUAUUUGAGUCUAACCAGACUCGGCUACCGAGUUGGUGCAACACAGAGGAAGAGAAGCUUGACUUCUGUCAGAUUCUAGGUGAAUACAGAAUGGAGUUACCUGGUUAUAACACCAUUGACCCAUAUCCAAACAUGAACCAGAAUUGCCCUUCUUUACCUCCUAAUUAUGAGAGGCCUUCUAAAUGUUAGCAAAAUUAAUUAACAUGUAUGUC